GGAAGGCGGCAGCAGCAGCAGCGGCAGCAGCAGCGGCAGCGGCAGCAGCAGCAGCAGCGGCAGCAGCAGCGGCAGCAGCAGCAGCAAUAGUAGCAGCAGGAGCAGGACGUUUUCGAGGCUUCGUGCCUCUCCUUGCUUGCUCGCUCGCUCGCUCGCACGUUACUCCUCGUCUCGUCCUCGGCGAGACGACGUGUUCGUUUCUUCUAUUUUUAUCGUCAUCGUCGUAGUCGUUGUCGUUGUCGUUGUCAUCGUCGUAGCCUUCGUUUACGUCGAAGCCGCUUCUCAUCGUCCUCGUUAAAAAUACGAAUUUGUUACACCUACAUACAGACAUAUAUACAUACAUAUAUCUAUAUAUAUAUAUAUAUGUAGUAUAUAUCGUUUGGAGGAGAUCAAAAGAGAGAAAAGGAAAGAAAAACAGGGGUAGUAGUGCCGGACAGUUCUCGUUGUCGAUGUCGUCGCGUAUCAUCGCGCUUCGUGCACGUUCGUCGCUCGCGCCACACUCGAGAACGCGUCGUCGUCGUCGUCGUCGCGAAAAAGCCACCCCUUCGCACUGUGCACGGUGCGACACUCGACAGUCGUCUCGACGCCACGAACGAGCGCGCUUCUUCUUCUUCUUCGUCUUCUUCUUUGCUGCCGCUUCCUCCUACAAUUCUUCUAGAUUUUCUUCCUCCACUGCAACAGCCGUCGCAAGAAUCGCCGCAGCAACCCUCGAGAAGGUGUCAUUUCAUUUUGAGUCAACGCUCGAGCAUAGACGACAACGGAAGGAGAGACAGAAGUUCUAGUAGUAUUAACGGAAACAACGCAUUGCCUAAAAUCAAUCGUGUCGCGUUUUCAUAUUUGAUUUUUAUUUGAUACUUUAUUCCUCUUAUUCUUAUUCUUCUUUAUCGCGUGACACACGCGCGCGUGUCGAUGCUCUCCCACUACUACUACUACUACUACUACUACUACAAUUACCACCACCACCACCAUUACUAUUAUCAUCUCCAUCACUACCACCACCACCUCCAGCUGCCACCGUUGGAAGCUCGUUGCCGCGGCAGGAGGCAGCACAGCUCCACGCAGUACACCCUUCUACACGGUGGAAUUUAAGGUUAUAAUCCCGACGCGUUUUAUUCUCACGCGUUGAUACGUCCAUCUCGUCGUUCGGGCUCUUCUUCCCGCUGUUAUCGCCCACCACGUCGACAACGUCGUCGUCGUCGUCGUCGUCGUCGUCGUCGUCGUCGUCGUCGUCGUCGUCGUCGUCGUCGUCGUCGCCGUCGUCGUCGUCGCCGUCGUCGUCGUCGCCGUCGUCGUCGUCGCCGUCGUCGUCGUCGUCGUCGUCGUCGCCGUCGUCGUCGUCGUCGUCGUCGUCGUCGUCGUCGUCGUCGUCGUCGUAAUGGACAUCACACAGCGUAUCUACAAGUAACCGUCCACUCACGACACUUUCGAACGACCUCGCGGCAACACGGCUUAAGUUCGAGCACUGAAGGGUCUGGAGGGUACGAAGGCGAGAAGAAAUGAGGUGGACGUGACACAAUGACAUGAUGAAGAGCCUGGUGGGGAUCAUGUGGAUAGUGUUGGUGCUCAUAUCAGGAUGCUCAGGAAAUCCAGACGCAAAGCGACUUUACGACGACCUCCUCUCGAAUUACAACAAACUGGUACGUCCGGUGGUAAACGUCACGGAUGCCCUCACCGUCAAGAUCAAGCUCAAACUCUCGCAGCUCAUCGACGUGAACUUGAAGAAUCAGAUCAUGACGACGAAUCUUUGGGUCGAGCAGUCAUGGUACGAUUACAAAUUAAAAUGGGAUCCGAAGGAGUACGGUGGAGUGGAAAUGUUGCAUGUGCCAUCCGAUCAUAUAUGGAGACCAGAUAUAGUUUUAUACAACAACGCCGACGGUAACUUCGAGGUAACACUAGCGACGAAGGCAACGUUAAAUUAUACAGGGAGAGUUGAGUGGAAGCCACCGGCGAUUUACAAGUCUUCCUGCGAGAUCGACGUAGAGUAUUUCCCUUUCGACGAGCAGACCUGCGUUAUGAAAUUUGGAUCGUGGACUUAUGACGGCUUCCAGGUCGACCUUAGACACAUCGACGAGAUCCAUGGCAGUAACGUCGUUAACCUUGGCGUCGAUCUGUCGGAAUUUUAUACUUCCGUCGAGUGGGACAUACUCGAAGUUCCGGCCGUUAGAAACGAGAAGUUCUACACGUGCUGCAACGAGCCCUAUCUCGAUAUCACGUUCAACAUUACGAUGAGGCGAAAGACUCUCUUUUACACAGUCAACCUCAUAAUACCGUGUAUGGGUAUAUCGUUUCUCACGGUACUCGUCUUCUAUCUGCCGAGUGACAGCGGUGAAAAGGUCAGCCUAUCCAUUUCGAUUUUACUCUCGUUGACUGUGUUCUUCCUUCUUCUGGCUGAAAUCAUCCCACCCACGUCACUCGUUGUACCGCUUCUUGGUAAAUUCGUCCUUUUCACCAUGAUUCUAGAUACUUUCAGCAUAUGCAUCACAGUGGUAGUACUCAACGUUCACUUCCGUUCACCACAAACUCACGUGAUGGCACCAUGGGUUCGCCGUGUCUUUAUCCAUGUCUUACCAAGAUUACUCGCAAUGCGCAGGCCGCAGUAUGAGAUAGAUAAACGUAGUAUAGGCGGACAACAUGGACAACGGGUGAUGGUCAGAACUUGCAAUGGUCUUGAAUUGAGAGAUCCAUCUCUAUUCGUUGAAACUUCAGCUUCGGAGUUGGUUGAAUCUUCUGUUCUCUUCCCAAGUUUAGACUCGCAAGACGAACUUCAUCCUCGUGAAUUAGAAGCAGUAAAUUUAGGAAGUGCGUGUCGUAUUCACGGCUCGCCUGCAGCCACUGUAGCACCACCACCUCAGCUCCCAACGGAGGAAAGCGUUGAUGCUCUCUGCAACACGCUUCAUCACUGGCAUCACUGCCCAGAACUGUACAAGGCCAUCGAAGGCAUUCGUUUUAUCGCCGAGCACACAAAAAGGGAAGAGGACUCUACCAGAGUCAAAGAAGAUUGGAAAUAUGUUGCGAUGGUGCUCGAUAGGCUAUUCUUGUGGAUUUUUACACUAGCCGUGGUUGUCGGUACGGCGGGCAUAAUAUUACAAGCGCCAACUUUGUACGACGAUCGCGUCCCUAUCGAUGUACGACUCUCCGAGAUCGCCUCCACCACUGCCAAGCCACACAUCGUUACAAGCCUCUGAGGGCCAAUUGCUAAUUACCCCGUUACCCUCACGUAUACCUACAAACACAAAAGACACACCCAUUGUAAACAAAACAAUGUGUCAGAAGUAACGACUAAAAGACUGAAGUCUCGGUGAGUCUUCGACUUUUAUUAACGAUUAAUUCUUUUGCUCGUACGUUCGAUCGUAUAUGUUUACACAUACGAUAUAUAUGUAUGUGCACGUAUGUACGCGCGUACAUGUACGACGAGCGAAGAGAAAUAGGGAAAAAAAAAGUAAAAUUAAAUAAAAUUAAAUAAAAUAAGAAAGCAAAAGUCGCGCGCGUACCAAGCUUUCGACCCGUGACACAACGAAGAUAAAAAGAGAGUUCGAAGGUUUGUGAGAAGAGAGCCGUGCGAUAAAAUUCUCAGAGCUUAGAAAAAUGAAAGACUUUCUCUUCUUAAUUUCUUCUUUUUUUUUUUUGUUUAAUUUUAUAUGAAAAUUAUUAGUUUUACAUCAAAACGACUCGAAUAACUUAGGAAUAUAUUUAUACGUAGAGCCAACAUCGCCCUCCAUUAUAUUGUAAUAUCUCCUUUCUAUGGUGUUAUCUCUGAGAAUUGUGUCAUGGGUACAGCGACAUGUAUGUGUGUGUGUGUGUUUGUGUAACGGAGGAGAACAUUUAGCAACAAAACAAGUAUUUAUUCGCCGCACCGUUCGACGCAAGCACAGCCUCUCUUUUCGGGGACCGUAAUAUGUUGCGUAUAGAAAGUCACAAUGACAUUUAAUGAAGGUAAUAAAUAAAUUAAAAAAAUAUAUAUAAAAAAUAUAUAUGUAUUAUAUAUAUAAUUAGGAUCAAGCGAUUGAAACACAUACAUACCGUAGAGAUAAUACAAAUGAGAAAAAGAGAGAAAGAGAAAGAGAAAGAGAGAGAAAAGAGAUCUUCAAAGUUCAAGUAAGUUCAAUUUUAUGCCAGAUGCAUUUGAAAGAAACGAAAUCGUCGUAAUUACUUUUUUUUUCAUUUUAUCGAAUGUUUCGCCAUUGAAAAAAGUCAAUUUACAAAGGGUUGACGGAGUUAAUUGUGCCGAAGGAUCAACAAGGAUUCAAGACUGAAAGUUCAGGAACGAUAGAUUUUCGUUCAAUUCUCCUCGCUUUCCUCGUGAUCAUUGUUACUCGAUGCGGACAACAUCCGUCACCCUAAUUUUCUUUUAACGUCGAUAAUUAUCGUUUACAAGCAGGAUUGGGUACAUAUUUUAAAUCAGUCAAUUUUAUCGAAUAAAGUUUUCGGUUCUACAGAUAUUUUGUAAUAGUUAUACAAAAAAUAAUAAUAAAAUAUACGAAUGUCCGAACGACUUAUGCAAGUGAAUUGAAAGAAAAACUCGAUUUUAAACGAUAAAUUCAUCGGAAUAUAUGAAAGGUGAUUAAAAAAUUUCGAGUGACAUACCGGUUAUUAGAAGAGUAUUCUAAUUGAGAAAAAAAAAGGAAGAACAGAGGGAAUAAGCAAAGAAGAAAGAAAAUGAAAUGUUUAAAAUACGUGCUCAUCCUGUUUAACCCUCCCACACUCCGAAAAAAAAAACAUGUGGAAA